AUGAACUCUCUGGACAGUCUUACCAAGCAUCAAAGUAUUCUUUAUAUUAGCUCUGGUAAUGUUAUCAAUAAGAAAGUUUCAAAAAGAUCAAGAAGGUCUGUCAAUGGGUGCAUCUGUUGUAAGAAACGGAAAGUCAAAUGUGAUGAGACCAGACCACAAUGCUGUAACUGUAUAAGGAAUGGUCUUACUUGUUUCUGGUCCAAAGUUGAGUUUCCUAUUUGCGAAAACCUAUCCCAUGAAAGAUUCGUAGUGUCGAUAAAGAAUGGCAAACGACCUUCGGAGUCAGAGCUUGAGAGCGAAAAUUAUCACAAGGAGUUACACGAAUACGAUUCGUGGUCGCCAAAUGAGCUUGCUCAUCAGACUCAAUUCUGUUAUCUAGAUCCACAAGUUUCAGGUAUCGAUUAUUUCUUAUACUAUAUUUUCAUAAACAGAUUCUUGCCCACUGUCGCUCAUCCUUUCAUAAGAUCAAAAUUUGCUACUGGAAAAGUGUUUCUUCUUGCGGGUGCUCAACAGCCAAUCUUAAGAAAUAUUUUUUUUGCAUGUGGCGCUUCCUUACUUGCAAGUAAUGACGACAAAUUUAGAAGGAUCUACUAUGAUAGGUACGCGAAAUCGUUAUUAUCACUAACAAAUGAAAUGAAAAGUAACCAAAUCAAAGAUUGGUAUUUUGGUGCGAUACAAGUUUUACAGAUAUUGUGUCUCAGGGAUAGAUUCACCAGUGAUGGGUCUCCGCAUGGGAUCCUCCACUUUAAGGCGUCUUUUGAACUUAUAAUGAAAGUUAUCCAGGGGCCGAAAAUUUUUGAAGGUAUUUCUGAAUCAUUAACGUUAAAGAGCCCGUUAACCCGAGUUGUGAUUGAAAAUUUUAUUUUCAAUUAUUCUAUCGUUAUUUUAUUGUGUAAUUACGAAGAUUUAAAUUCCAGAGUUCCGAAUCCUUUCGAGUGUUCUAUAAUUUUUGAGUCCUCGCUGUCCAUAGAAGAAUCUAUCGAAGAUACCUGGUUUGACUCAAAUGCAUUUGAGCUUAUAUUGUGUGCUUUCGAAAUAGCAGCGAAAUGCUCCUGGCUGAGUAGAAUGAGCUUACCUUUAAGCAAACAAAAUAGAGAAAUUCACGAGGCAUUGUUGAGAAGGGCCGAGAAAAAUCUCAAUGAACUCAAUUUUAUUUCAUUCGAAGGCUCGCACAAGUAUUUUAAAUGCAAUAUUUCGAUUGCAAAAAUUGUUACGAAGACUUCAAUAAUUUUAAUCCGGAAAAUGCUCUACUUAAAGACAUUGAGUGCAUAUAAUUUUCAAGAUCACAUGUCUUAUAUCGUUAGUCAAAUAGAACAACCUCACAAUGAUGAGGCAAACUUACCAAUUUGGUCUUUGUUUAUUGGUGUACUUGCCUCGACAACUUCUGUCGAUCGGAGGUUUUUUAGAGCGAAGAUAGUCGAUUUGUCACAUCGCUUGAAUUCUAAUACAAUACGAUAUGUAUUGGAUUACUUGGACGGCAUCUGUGAAGUUUAUCAAUAUAGCGAAUCUUUUGAACUUCUAUUCAAUCACCACUGCUAUGAUGAUCAAGAUUGA